AAAAACACUGGGCUCUGUCUAAAAGUAUAUGUAUGAAUGAAUGAAUGAAUUCUAAUAGAAUUUAGUGCGUUUGGAUUUUCAGUCAGGCAUUUGUAAGGACAGCUUAACAGAGAUCAGUGGUCCUGUGUGCGUCCCUGUUGCAUAGAAACGAAAAUAGUCUGGGACGUCGUGCGUUCACCAAACAGUUUCCCCUCAGAAAUUGGACCAGAACCUAUUCUGCGGUAAACAACACCCGUUUUAAUAAGCUCAGUCAUUGUUUAUUCUCUAGAUUGUAAUUAGCGGAGUUGUUACAUCUUUAGCUGGGAUGAACAAUGAAACGUAGGGUCUGAAAACUCAUUACCAGCCUGACCAUGAAGCCAGUAACGGUAACCGUGCCCUAGUCAGUUUAGGUGUUCUAAUAUGGCAAAAAUAAACACUGUUGAAGCAGUUGAGUAAUCGGCUAAAGAAGCUAGCUGGCUGCUGAUGGGAGGCUAGCGGUUCUAUAUUAACUCUGACCGAGGAGAUUCACCUGGCGGUUCUCAAGUCCUCUUUAACACGACACAUUACUGAGGAACCAGGGCGGAAAUGGCUGAUCACAUUGGCUGCAUCCCUGAACUAGACCAAAAGAAAUACGAUGCACGCGAACAAGUGAAGAUCAUUUGCCUGGGAGACAGCGCUGUGGGUAAAUCAAAGCUGAUGGAGCGGUUUCUUAUGGACGAGUUUCGUCCACAGCAGCUGUCCACAUAUGCGUUGACUUUGUACAAACACACAGCGAGCGUAGGAAACAAGACUGUUGCAGUCGAUUUCUGGGACACAGCUGGUCAAGAGCGAUUUCAGAGCAUGCAUCCUUCAUACUAUCACAAAGCUCAUGCAUGUAUCAUGGUUUUUGAUGUUCAAAGGAAGAUCACAUACAAAAACUUAGCCAACUGGUAUAAAGAGCUAAGAGAGUACAGACCUGAGAUUCCCUGUUGUGUGGUAGCUAACAAAAUCGAUGCCGACUUAAAGGUCACACAGAGAAGUUUUAGCUUUGCGAAGAAACAAGGGCUUCCAUUUUACUUUGUCUCAGCAGCGGAUGGAACCAAUGUAGUAAAGAUGUUCAGAGAGAUGAUCAACAGAGCAGUGGACUACAAACAAAACCCCAGUGACUUCAUGGAUGAAGUGUUGGAAGAAUUAGAGAACUUUGACCUGGAAAAGAAAGAGGAGAACUCUGAGGCCGAGGAGGACGAGCUGAAAGCAGAGAGUCCAGAGUUGGCAUGAAGGGUCUGAAUCAACUGGCACAUUAUUUAUUCUUGUCUAAGUUUUGAACAUUUAACUUACUGGAUUGAAAGUCUCCUGCUGGAAACUGGCAUGUGAUCAAUUUCAAUCACUGUUGUCCAUCUGUCCAGUGCGAGGAACCAGGAAAUGAACCCAAAGUAAUAAUUUGGUUCUGUCUAGCUUUUCAGCUUCUGUGUUUUAGCUCCUAUGCUCACAAUUUGAAACUCUUAUAGGGAUAGUUACUUUAAUAGAAUGUUUUCUGGAGUGUGACAAAAACUGUACUCUGUGUAAUAACAAUGUGAAGCAUGAAAAACUGACACAGCAAAGAUAAUGUGCAAUUAUAAAGUGUAUUUCCUGCUGUUCUCAGUGUUUGUGUGUAGUGUUGUGUGGAGCGCCAGCAGGCUGCCGCAUCUGUUGGCUGCUUUACUUGCAUUAAUUUUAUGAUGUAAUUUUUUUUUUCUAGCGCCUUGUAAAUGAAAGCCUAAUGUACCCUAUAACCAACUGUGAUCAUGACCCUUUGCAUCUUGCUGUGACGCCGCGUAAUCAACUGAACAUCAGCGUUUUAUAAGAAACAGCUGCUACUCAUACCCGAGUCUGUUACUGUGAAGAUAAGCAAUUUUAAUAGGACAUGGCUUCUAUCCAAAUCCUAAUCCAUAAAUACCAGCACUUGGUUUAAUGACCAUGAUAUCACUGUACUCGACCUAAAUAACAUGAUCUAUGAAGUUUCAUCAUGAGGAAGAUGAGAUCCAACAACAGGCAGAAGCCCUCUAUUAACACAAACUACAGUCGGAUUACCUCCAUGCCACACAGCACUGAUGCAGUGCUUCAUGCAAAAUCCAAAGUAAGCCCCAACCAGAUUUUGAAUGCAUAUUUUGUGCACCAAUCUGACAUUUCUGCCUAAAAAUACCUUCCUUGUUUUGAUUUUAUAUAACAUUUUUACUUUCAAAAAAACUAAAUUGGGAAUUUUCUUUUAUCUAUGAGCGGCAAUCGUAAAAUGUAACCGAACUAAACAUUUGAAUUAUGUCAACUUGUGUGUAAUAAGGCUAAAUAGAACAUGAGUAUCACUUUUUCAAAGGAAUAACAGAAAUGAAUAAACCUUUCAAUGAUCUUAUUUGAGAUACACAUGUACUUCCACCUGCAGGAAAAUACCAAAGGAUCAAAAAAAAAUGUCAGUUCUCAAGAUUACCAGGAGAUGGCACCAUAUUGUCGUAAUACAUAACAGCUUAAGAGUGCUGUAACUAAGAUAGUCCUAAAGCAAAAGACAAAUAUACAGUUAAGUUAC